AUGGCGGGGAAUUCAAACUCGGACCUCCAGACGUUAACGUCCCCGCUUCAACAGGGAGGUGAUUCGCCGCGUCCCAGGCAAGCUGCUUGUCUUGUCUCCGUCAAACGCGCUCGUUCAGCAUCUCAGAAGAAUCCCGAAGAUGAUAGAAUCCUAAACCAUCUGCAGGAUCUACUUAGUGGCUCGAAUUCACCUGCUGAUGCCCCGCAAACAAGAUACAGCGCCAGUGGCGAUGGUGAAGAUGAUGCUUAUUCUGAGGAAGAAGAAGAGGAACAAGAGCAAGACCCUGUCGUGAUGCCAGAGUUCAUCCAAAGGACACAGCAAAGUCUUGCAAUUGACGACGCCGAGAAUCCAUUGCAGCUUCUUGCAAGGGCAUCCUACAUUCAACCUUCACCAGAGUCGAGACAUGGAAAUUCUCCUCUACAGGCCCAUACAGCGAGUACAACUGGACAAACCGAGGAUGAAAUUCAAGCUUUCUUUGCCCCAGCGCAGGUUCAUUUAGAUGUUGGAUCUGACCUUGACCCUGUAACUCUGGGGCUUGUCUCUGAAGAUGAAGCCGACAGGCUAUUCCACUUCAGCUUCCAUCGCAAUCUUGCGCACACUCGAUGGGGUUUGGAUCCAAGGAUAUACACUGUCGAAUACACUCGCUCGAGAUCAGCAUUCCUUUACACAUCCAUCAUGGCCGCAUCAGCCCUCUUCAUGCCAUCAGCAGCAGCACUUUCAAAACGUCUCUCAAAUCACGUCAGGACCCUAGCCCACAAAGUCGUAGUCAAGCGGUACAGAUCAGUCGAAAUCGUUCUCGCAUUCAUGGUAAACAUUCCAUGGAUGUUUCCAGGUCAACACUCCACCGACGACGAAACCUGCACCUACAUCUCCAUUGCGAAUACAGUCGCCACCGAUCUAUCACUUCACAAAACACUCAUAUCGCCAGAGAUGCUAGGCUCAGGCGGAGAAAUCGGUCUAGCGAGGGGUGACUGCCUAGAUCCGAGAGCAGCUCUAGCCAUGGACGGAUUCUAUGAUCUUGACCCAUGGUCUGAGAAAGGGCGUUUAUUCCUCCGAAAUCGAGAAAGGUGCUGGCUCUCGCUGUUUGUCCUGGAACGUGGAAUGUCUCUUGCCAGAGGAAGACCGUUUUCAGUUCCCAUGACCAAGUCUUUAAAGGACUGUGAUAGCUGGCACCGGUCUGAAUAUGCGGAUCCUCUUGAUGGGCAUCUUGUCUCGAUGGCUGUUUUGAGAAGGGACCUGGAUGCUUUGUUUGCUACUGUGAGAGCUCUUUGUGACGGAUCGCAGAUGGCUUCCAGCGAUGGCUCAUUAAUCGCCCAAUCAAUCCAAGGUUCAAUCGAACGAUUCUUUGAUCAAUGGUACACGGAAUGGGGAAUCUCAAUCGGCAAAGGCCCAGGUAAGAUGCUCGUCUGUUUUACCAAACCAUGCUGACUGUCAGACCGUCGACUCCCACCAUACGUUGAAAUCCUCGUCACUCACACCCGACUUUCGAUUUACGGCGGCGUGAUAAACCACCCCACGGCCCCGCUCGAAGUUCGUCGCUUCUUCCAUACAGCCGGUCUAUCCUCCGCUCUCAACGUCAUGCGCGCCGCGAUACAAGGAGAGUCGCAACUACAGUCUAUGCCAAACAACACUGCCAUCAUGAUUUCCUUCGCAGCUUGCUUCGCCUUGACACUGAGUUCCUACACGACUGGCGGUUCAGCUCUGGCCCCGAGUGUCAGAAACCUGAUUGACGAAACAGCCACCGUUCUCGAGAGAAUUGGAAAAGUAACAAGACAUCGAAACGGUCUUUCCAUCAAAUACGGAAAAUACCUCAAACAGAUAGUCAGACGAGCAGCUACAGGAGACGGAAUAUCUGAUCCAAGGAUGCCAAUCGUCAACGAAGCACCCAUGACGACACCCAGCUUUCUGGACCAGCAAGCUCCAUGGCAAGAACCGAUACAUUUCUCGGUCAUGUCAGAUGAUCAAAUCGUACAAGCACUAAACCAACCAGGCAACGAUUUUGAACCUGGAUUCGGUGGGCUCUCAUGGGAAGACAUGACGAAUUUCGAAUGGCUAUAUUGGCCUGAAGUUGGUAUAUAA